AUGGUAGAGAAUUCAGGGGUACUCGGGUGGUUCCUCCUCAGCCCCAAAACGGCACCUUUCGCUUCUCACAAGACCCUCUUCGCGUUCCUCUGGGCGGCGGCGCUGACCUCGCUUUUCGUGUGGCAGAGGAACACGAUCAGCGGGUUUCUGGUGCUGGGCGGUGUUCAGGUGCGGCCGCCGCCGAAGCUGCGGCCGGUGGUUUUCUCUUUGACGGAGUUUGGUGGGGUUGGUGACGGCGUUACUCUCAACACUGAGGCGUUUGAGAGAGGCGUUAGGGCCAUUUCCAAGUUCGGGAAUAAGGGUGGUGGCCAACUCAAUGUGCCACCUGGACGUUGGCUCACUGCACCCUUCAACCUCACCAGUCACAUGACUCUUUUUCUUGCUCGUGAUGCUGUUAUACUCGCAAUUCAGGACGAAAAGUAUUGGCCACUGAUGCCUGCAUUACCUUCGUAUGGUUAUGGAAGGGAGCAUCCUGGGCCUCGAUAUACCAGUUUGAUCCAUGGUCAAAAUCUUAUAGAUGUUGUCAUAACAGGGCAUAAUGGUACCAUCAAUGGACAGGGACAAACAUGGUGGACAAAAUAUCGUCAGAAGCUUCUGAACCACACCAGGGGGCCACUUGUUCAGAUAUUAUGGUCUAGUAACAUUGUGAUCUCAAAUAUUACUUUGCGUGACUCUCCUUUUUGGACACUUCAUCCAUAUGACUGCAAAAAUGUUACAGUAAAAAAUGUUACUAUAUUGGCUCCUGUAUAUCGCGCUCCAAACACUGAUGGCAUAGAUCCUGAUUCUUGUGAGGAUAUGUUGAUAGAGGACUGUUACAUAAGUGUGGGGGAUGAUGCAAUUGCAAUAAAAAGUGGUUGGGAUCAAUAUGGAAUUACUUAUGGAAGGCCUUCAAAGAAUAUAGUGCUCCGAAACCUUGUUGUUCGCUCUAAUGUCAGUGCUGGCAUCUCGAUAGGCAGUGAGAUGUCUGGUGGGGUAUCCAACGUCCUGGUGGAGAACAUUCUGGUAUGGGAAUCAAGGCGUGCCAUGAGAAUCAAGACUGCACCAGGAAGAGGUGGAUAUGUGCGCCAAAUAACAUACAGGAACCUAGUGUUCAAAAACGUGCGUGUUGGAAUUGUGAUCAAGACAGAUUACAACGAACACCCUGGUGCUGGAUACGAUCCUAAAGCAUUUCCAAUACUCAGAGACAUAAGCUUCAUCAAUAUCCGUGGCCAAGGAGUACGUGUGCCUGUUCGAAUUCAAGGCAGUGAACAGAUUCCAAUAAGAAAUGUGACAUUCCGUGGCAUGAAGGUUGGCACAACCUACAAGAAGAAGCAUAUCUUCCAGUGUGCCUUUGUCCAAGGUCAGGUAAUAGGGACCAUCUCUCCUGCUCCAUGUGACAGCUUUGAUAGGUACGAUGAACAAGGGCAGCUUGUAAAGCAUGCUGCUUCACAGAAUGUGACAGAUAUAGAUUAUGAAAUUUGA